GCCCGGGCCGGUGCCGGGUCAGGGGCCGGGGCCGAGCCGGUGCCGAGGCCGGGGCUGGUGCCGGUGGCGGUGCCGGGCCCGAGCCGGUGCCGUAGCCCCGGACGAUGCUGUUCUCCCUGCGCGAGCUCGUGCAGUGGCUCGGCUUCGCCACCUUCGAGAUCUUCCUGCACGGGCUGGCCCUGCUCGCCUUCUCCGUGCUGCUCGUGCUCAAGGUGGACGGCGCGGCCGCCGGGCUCUCCUGGUGGAUCGUGUUCGUGCCCUUCUUCGCCGCCGACGGGCUCAGCACGUACUUCACCACCAUCGUGUCCGUGCGGCUGUUCCAGGACGGCGAGAAGCGCCUGGCGGUGCUGCGGCUCUUCUGGAUCCUCACCAUCCUCAGCCUCAAGUUCGUGUUCGAGAUGCUGCUGUGCCAGAAGCUGGUGGAGCACACGCGGGAGCUCUGGUACGGGCUCAUCAUGUCGCCCGUCUUCAUCCUGCUGCAGCUGCUCAUGAUCCGGGCCUGCCGCGUGAACUGAGCCCCGGCGGGACGUGCCCGGCGCUCCCGGGGCCGGUGCUGGGGCUGCUCCCGUCGCUGUCCCCGUGCGGAGGGCAGGGGACGGGCUGGGACAGGGGCCGUGCCCCAGCUCGCGGCCGUGUUGCAGAGCACCACGCUUCUCCAGAAGCUCCACAUCCCUGUUCGUGCUCCCUCAGCUCCCGCCUUGUCCUGCCCUGCGAGCGCUGCUGGGCGUGACAGUUAUUUUAUUUUAGAAUAAAAAUGCGUUGAAGGGU